AUGAAAAUUCUAUUUUUCUUACCUCUGCUCUUUCUUCUUUCCCUUGUUGUGGUGGUGGCUAAUGGCGGCGAAGUUGACUCAAGCUCCUCCCGGUGGUGUCUCCCAAAACCGGGAAUCUCAACGGAGCAGCUACGUGACGUUCUUGACUAUGUAUGUACGAAAGUACCCUGUCAGGAGAGCGACAUGUGUUUCACAGAUCUCUCUGUCAGGACAGGGUUCGCAAUGAACAUGUACUUCCAACUCAAUGGACGCUCGGAAGAAUCGUAUAUAUUCGGAGGUGCUGGGAUGGUCGUGACGACCAAUGCCAGCACCGCUGGCGGAUGCAAUUACGUCUCCGCCGCUGCUGCUGCCGCCAUUAUCCCGUCCGCUCAAGAGACGAUGGUGGUGCUGAUGAUGAUUCGAGUCUUUCUUUUCAUUUAA